AUGUGGAGAAACGUCGCAAAACAAGCCACUUUGAAAUCCCAAUCAAAGUCCCUCAUUUUCCCUUCAUUUCCAAGAACUUACAGCUUUUUAGGAGCCUCAAAAGAACCCAUCUUUUUUGAGAAACUCAAAUUUUAUGGGAAACCCCAGUUUUGUUUUUUUUUGAGAAAUAGUGAUAGUACUAAUGGGAAUCGGUGUGGUGGAUUUUUCCCACGAGGGUAUGUGAGUGUAGCUGAGGCGUUGUCAUCAACAGAUGUUGAAGAUAAUGUGUCAGGUGCCGAUGAAGUGCGAGAAUUGCAGCCAGAAAUGAGGAAAGAAGAGGAGAAAGAGGAGCACUUUAGGAGGAGGAGGCUACAUGCUAACCCUGGAAUAGGGUCAAGGAAGCAUAGGGUCUUAAGGAGAUGGCAGGUGAAGAUUGAGGCGGAAGCAUGGGAACUGGCAACGAAAGAAUAUAAGGAGCUUUUGAAGGAUAUGUGUGAGCAUAAGUUGGCUCCUAAUUUGCCAUAUAUGAAGAGUUUGUUCCUUGGUUGGUUUGAGCCGUUUACAGAUGCAAUUGCGAAAGAGCAGGAGUUGAUUAGAACGGGGGAGAGUUGGCAGGGUUAUGCUCCGUAUUUUGAUCUGUUGCCAGCUGACAAGAUGUCUGUUAUUGCAAUGCAUCAACUCGCAGCAAUGGUAAUGACAGGUGGGGAACAUGGAUGUGCACGAGUUGUGACUGCUGCUUGUAUGAUUGGUGAUGCAAUUGAGCAGGAGGUAAGUAUACACAAUAUCUUGGAGAAAACAAGGAAGAAAAAGGAAAAGGCUAAUGAUAGCAAGAAUGGUGUAGAAGGUGAAUCCCCUGCUGUCAUGAAGGAACAAGAAAACCUAAGAAAAAAGGUUACUGAUUUGAUUAAAAAACGAAAGCUGCCAGCUGUGAGCAAGAUUGUGAAGGGGAAGGAUGAUUCAAAACCAUGGAAUGCUGCUAGGGCUAAGCUUGGAAGCCGUCUAAUUGAGUUGCUGUUACAAACAAAAUAUGGUGUUAUUAAAUGUGACCCACUAGUCCUCAAAGGCCUAGAGAAAACUGCUAGGCAGGAGGUGAUUCCUUAUAUGCCAAUGUUGGUGCCACCACUUACAUGGAGAGGUUAUGAUAAAGGAGCUCACUUGUUCUUACCAUCCUUUGUCAUGCGGAUACAUGGUGCUAAACAGCAACGUGAAGCCGUUAAGAGGGCACCUAGGAAGCAGCUACAAGCAGUUUUCGAGGCCCUGGAUACACUAGGGAAUACCAAAUGGAGGGUAAAUAAGAGGGUACUUAGUGUUGUUCAUAGAAUAUGGAGUAAUGGAGGCUGUCUUGCUGAUUUGGUAGACCACAGUGAUAUGGAUUAUCAGCUGCAGCCACAAUUAUUUGAUGCAUAGCAAAAUAAUUAUUCAGAAUCACAGUACCUUGGCAGUCCUUUCCAGCCAACUUGAUGUGUUGUGUGCUAGUCCGAUGAAAAUCAAGAUCCCAAAGAGGGUGAUGCCGCUGAUGGUUGGUUAAUAAUAAAAACAAAAUUACAAUCACUUUAGAAACACUUAUUGCACUAACCAAUAGCUAGCAGUUCAUACAUUAAAGUGUCCUUUCAAUCAUAUUAGUCUAACAAAAUUCUUAAUAGUGAUUCUUUUCUUUAUCCUCGUACCUUUUGUUAUUGAUUUCAUCCUUAAUUAGUAUGUUGUUUGUUGGUU